CGUAAACAUGAAUUUGUCUGCAACACAUCCUCUGAUGCUCUUUUUAAUAGGUAUCAUCUUUGUAAAACGAACGUCUGUAACUUUGGUGAAAACGGUAAACAGUGGAACUACUGUCUCUUUUCUGUGUCCAAACAUCUUGACAGAGCCCAGUUACAUAGCCUGGUUCAAACAGAUAAAUGUAUCUCUACCACUUUGCAUUGUUACUCAAUUUGUGGGUGACAAACCAGGGGACAUCAUAUAUUUGAAUGGCUUUAAGAAGGAUCAUAUAGAGAUGUCAGCGAACAACGCAUGUUCCUCCCUGAAGAUUGUCAAUGUGGACGUCUCUGACUCUGGAUUUUAUUACUGUGGAAGUUUUUUGACAAACUACAUGAAAUUUCACAACAAAACACAGUUAGUGGUAGUAAAUGAGACUAAUCAGUUUAAAAAGGAUACUGCAAAUGCGGAUUGUGGGGCGACUGAAGAAACAUCAAGAUGCUGCCACAUCUAUUAUACACUGACACUGAUCUUGAGUAGCUUGGUUCUGCUUCCUACUGUUUUUGCGACUGUACUCUUAAUCAGGUUGAAGAAAAGUAAUAAGCAGAGACAAGAUGCUCAGCGCCAUGGUAACAAUAAAGAGAUGAACAAACAGUUGCAGCAAAAGGAACAAGAUGAAGACUUGAACUAUGCAGCUCUAAGUUUAGACAAAAAGAAGAGUAGAAGACCAGUAAGAGGCAUGAGGGAGGAGGAACCAAAUGUUAUUUAUGCUGCCACACGCUGAUCCACAGAUUAUCAGACCGUUUGUCACAAAACAAAAGUGAAACUCAGCCUAUGUUUACUACACUUACUGUGUGUGUAGCUAGUUGUGCUGUUAACUGCUGUUG